ACACCAGCAGUACACACACGGAUGAAAGUGAGGCUCUCAGCAGCUUUUAUCAGCAGUUUCACCACCGACAGUCAGAGUCAGUGAGGAGGAGACAGAUAAGUGGAGACGAGCUUUCAGUGACGGUGGACUGUCUGUCCUCCUCUUACAUAAUUACCGGAACAUUUUUGAGUUUAACGUUUCUGUACGUACACAGCUCUGACAGCGGCGCGUGCUGACGGUUGGAACCAACGUUUCUGAUUUGAUUACCAGAGAGCAGCCACAAUAAAAACAUGACCAGGACAAACACUCGGACUACCUUUUUAUCCGGCUUCUCUUUUUUCUGACUUGCCGUUGCUACUACUUCAAACCUGGCUGUCAGCUCCUCCGUUGUAGCGUGAAACUGGAAAUGCGUCGCGUUUGAACUUCACCUCAGAAAGUGGAUGUGAUCAUCAGCAAUCAGAUUUCAUUGUCCAUGCAUGGGGAGCAGCCCAUGGACCUAAGUGUGACCCAGAGGUUGUUGCAUCCAGGCCCAGAUUCGGCCAUGCUGGCCCCCCACCCUCCCUUCUUCCUGGGACCCCUCACCUCUCAGCAUUGCUCCCAGUUUUCCCAGCAGCACUUGCAGUAUAACAUUGACCAUAGGCAAAGAGAGAUGGAGGAGGAGAAAAGAGAAGAGUUAAAACAGCUGAUAAGAAAGAAUAAAAAUGAGCAAAGUGCUGUAGCCAGUCCUCUGGUUAAGCAGAAACUUCGAGAACACAUUAUCAUGAAGAGCCAGCCAACCCAUGACAGAGUUACUCCCAACCACUGCAGUCCUACACCAGGAUACAGGCUCCCGGUUCCUGAUAUGUCCCCAAAGGCUCAGCCUACACCCUGUGACCAUCUGCAGCUGCGCAGGACAGUCUCUGAGCCCACUCUGAAGUGGAAGAUAAAGAAGCUCAUCAGUACAAGGCCAAACCCGCUGCAGCGUAAGAUCAGUGCCCCUCCCACUGUCAAGCAUAGGACAGAAACUCUGGACUCAUCUCCCAGCAGCAGCAGCACCCCAGCAUCUGGGAGCAGCUCACCCAAUGACAGCCUCCAUUCGGAUAAUGGGGCCCUCCCUGUGGCUCAUGAGGCACAAAGGUUGCUGCUGAAGGAUGGUAGUUUGGCUCAUUUCACCUUGCCUCCCAACCCCACCGCCAUGCCCAACAUCACUGCUGGACUUCCUGCACAGUCUGAUCUGCGAGUAGCAAGGCCCUUGGCGGUAUCUGCCCUACAUCAGGUCUACCUGCCUCUGGAUGCAAGCAAUGCAGCCCUGGGUCAGCGCCUACAGCCAGUGCUCAUACUGGAACCACAUACCGGACUGGUGCACUCCCAACUUGUCUCUCUUCAUGGUUUGAGUUCGGUUCCUCUGCAGCACCAGCUUCAUCCGUCCAGGAGGGAAGGAGUAGUUACCUUGCCCUCCCACAAACCCCUGGAGCGAACACGUUCAGAGCCUCCGCCCUACAGCCACUCACCCCUUACUCUGCAUGCCAACCAUCACUCACACACCCAGCACCACCUGCCGCAAAUAUACCAUAAGAGCGGGCUGGAGAGGUUCAAGCAAAAUACACACCUGAGCAAGCUCACAAGCAAGUCGACUGAGAAGCCUCGUCUGACACAGAUCCCUUCGGAGGAUAUGGAUCUGGAGGAGAUUGGAUCAGCAUCUGGUUCUGGUUCAGGACCAGGGUCCGUGUGCAGCUCAGAACCAGGCUCAGUGUGUGAGGACAGCUAUCACAGGAGACAGAGCACUGCCAGCACAGACUCAGUUUACGACACAGAGUCCACUACCUCCUCACGGGAGAGCUUGAUCGAGCCCUCACAUCCUCUCAGUCAGAGGCAAGUGAUCCUUAGACCGGGUCUCCAGCUGGACUCCCCAGGUGUGUCUGCCCUGAUUUGGCCUCACCAGCCUCUGGUUCGGACCCAGUCCUCCCCAGCCUCCACCUCCCUACCUCCUCCUCCACAUCCACCCACCACCAUACCUUCUCUGUCACUGUCCAGCCCUGCUGCAGAUGCCCAGCUACGCUUUACCACAGGUCUGGUUUAUGAUGCUCAGAUGCAGAAGCACCAAUGCACCUGUGGGGACAACAGCCGGCACCCUGAGCAUGCUGGGAGGGUCCAGAGCAUCUGGUCCAGACUACAUGAAAGAGGUCUCAGGAGCCAGUGUGAGCGUAUCCGCAGUAGGAAGGCCACUCUAGAAGAGCUGCAGUCAGUCCAUUCAGAGAAACAUGUGCUUCUGUUUGGCACCAACCCACUCAACCGCCUCAAGCUGGAUAACCGCAAACUGGCAGGAAUCUUAUCUCAACGGAUUUUUGUGAUGUUACCAUGCAGGGGAGUUGGGGUAGAUAUUGAUACAGUCUGGAAUGAAGCUCACACAUCAACAGCGUCCCGCAUUGCUGCAGGAUGUGUCACAGACCUUGCACUGAAGGUGGCACAAGGAGAGUUGAAGAAUGGCUUUGCAGUGGUGAGGCCUCCUGGACACCACGCAAACCACUCCUCCCCUCUGGGCUUCUGUUUUUUCAACUCUGUGGCCAUCGCUGCCAAGCAGCUCCAACACAAACUGAACGUCAGCAAGAUCCUCAUCGUGGACUGGGAUAUUCACCAUGGCAACGGCACCCAGGAAGCCUUCUAUAAUGACCCAAAUGUGCUGUACAUCUCCCUACAUCGCUAUGACGAUGGCAACUUCUUUCCUGGUAGUGGACAUCCCAGUGAGGUGGGUGUAGGUGCAGGCGAGGGCUUCAAUGUAAACGUAGGAUGGACAGGGGGUUUGAACCCUCCUAUGGGUGAUGCCGAGUACCUGGCUGCAUUCAGAGCCGUGGUGAUGCCCAUUGCCCACGAGUUUUCUCCUGAUGUGGUGCUGGUGUCAGCUGGCUUUGAUGCUGUCGAAGGACAUUCAUCAUCACUGGGAGGCUACAAGGUCACAGCCAAGUGUUUUGGCUUCCUGACCCGUCAGCUGAUGUCACUGGCCGGGGGUCGGGUGGUCCUGGCUCUGGAGGGGGGACAUGACCUCAAGGCCAUCUGCGAUGCCUCUGAGGCCUGCGUCAGUGCCUUGCUGGGCAUGGAGGUGGAGCCACUGUCCCAGUCGGUGUUGGACCGGAAGCCUUGUGAAAAUGCUGUUGAGUCACUGCAGAGAGUCAUCCAGGUUCAGGGUGAGUACUGGCAGAGUGUGAAGGAUUCGGCCGCCACAGUGGAUCUGACCUACCUACAGGCGCAGAGACGACGGCUGAGACGAGACUCAGACAGCGAGGCCGUCAGCGCCAUCGCCUCGCUGUCGAUGGAAUCUGUCGCCUCUGACAAGAGACAGCCAGAAAAACAGACAGAGAAAUGUGAUUGUCUCUGAAGAAAGUCUCCUGACAGCUGCCUUCAACCAAGUCUCAGUGGAAACACACACACACACACACACACACACACAUACACACACACAUACAGCUAUGCAUUUGGACCAUCACUGGAAGCAGAUGUCCUCCUCCUCAGUUCAACCACUGUAUUCAUCACCUCACAAAAACUCCUCCACCUGCAAUACUUUUGGCUGCAGUCAGACCUCUCUGAUCCAAACACACAGCAUUCACCUGGGCAACAUUCAUAUUGUCAUGACGCCUCUAAAAAAAGAGAAAAAAAAUGUAAAGAAAGAGAACCAAAGGCAGAUUAAUGAAGGAUCUUCACUCUCUUGUGGUAUUGGGAGCUGACAACAUGACGUCGAAUGAACACACGUUUGACAAAGCACAGCUCAACAACUUUGAACAUUCACCUUGUAAAUGACUCCCGCAAGAGAGACCACUCGGACUGUCGUAACCUUGAGGAUGGGGGUCAAAGGUCACCUUGGCUUACUGGAGCCAAUCACUCAGAGCGGAAGGAGUCGUCCCUGCAGGACGUGCCGGUGAAGGAGAGCAGACAUCUCCUCUGCACUUAAAACGCGUCCCACUAUGAUGAUGUCAUUUGUCUUCAUAUGACAAACCCUAUGAAGGAAAAAGAUCAGGAGUUUCUGAUCGCUUUGCACUGUACCGUUCUGUAAUGUGAACUGGACAAGAUGGAGGAGACGCAGCCACGUCGGCCAUGUUGACAAUCAAACAUCUUGUUUGCUUGUAUAUUUAGUUUAUUUGAAUAUUCAUUCAUCUGACCUAUGGCACACAUUUUUGUGAAUGUCAGCAGAUCUUUUUUUUUUUUUUAAAGAAUCCAGUAAGAGUGAAGCUACAGUAAAGUCUGAGAUACAUAUGUUUCAUAUUGUUUUGUAUGUCCACAUAUUUUCUUAAAUCUUUUUUUUUCUUUCUUGGCCUGUCGGGCGAGCACAUGCAUCAAGACUCUAGAUGUCUUUAGUUAUUGUUACGGCACCCUGGCAGAUAAAAGAAGACACAGCAGUCUUUGAUGAAGUUCAUCUUAAAUGUGUAGACAUACUGUAGUUUGUAUCGGUGGCAUUAGUCACAAUGAAGAGCUAAUACCUCCAGUCAUUGGUGUAUCAAUAUCAGGGGAGAAAGUAAUCACUUCAAAAGGUUCCUAAAAGAGAUUCUUUACAUGUCCUCAAAGAAAGAAAUCACCCAUGAUGCCUCAGUGCAGUGUGACCACUCAGAAAUGAUUGUAUAUAAGACAAUGCAGAUCACCGCUCCUCUGUCAGGAGAUUUAUAACAUUUUGGAUGAGACUCAUUCAAAGACUUGCUGACAAUCACACAUUUAACGUGCACUUACAGUGGCCUCAGGUUCAGAAUGACUUGGGUCUUAAAAUCAGAGGUUUGAUAAUGUUUGUUAAAUGGACCAGUGUUUCUACCUGUGGAUGAGCAUUCCUGCUGUAUUUUGUAAAUGUAUUUUAUACUUGUAUUUCUUUCAUAACAAGGACAAACUGAUCUGUCCUCUGUUCAUCAUUGAUGCUCUCUGUACCGUCAUCGUCGGGGAUGUUUUUGCUCCCCGGACCAAACAACAAAUUUUAGCAGUUAGGAUGGAGCAGUAAUACUGAGAUAUAGUUGAAUAUCCUCACAGUGCAAUUGGACACAGGUUAAGCGCAACCAAAGUUUAUGAGAACAAUGUGCCGUCCCUGGACUGGCAUGGCUUAAAGAACUUCAAAGACUUUGAAGAGUUUGUGAAUGUUUCUUUUUUUCUAUCCAAACAGUUGAACAGCACCAAAAGCACAGGAUGGAUAUAUAAACAAAUUCAUUUCUCUCAGAAAAAAGAAAAAAAACCUACGUGACUUCUAUUUAUACAUUCAGAUUCUGUGUCUUUGAAGUGCUCUUUGCAUGUCUAACACAAUUUUGACGGUGCUAUGGAUUAUUUUUUUUAGGUGCAGUAUGUUUGCUAUUUUCUUUCUUUCUUUCUUUCUUUCUUUCUUUAUGUUGCAUUAUGUGUAUGCGACUCAAAACAUGUCAAAUCUUAAUAUACUGAAAAUGUGAAAACAAAUGACGGUGAGAUAGCGUGGAGCAGUUUCACCUCCAGAUCACGUGUGACAGUCCGAGUGUAGCUUUAUGUAGUUUUAACUUUCAUGACAGUGACCUGACAUACCUGAUGUCUUAUAUUUUGUCUUAAUUAAUGCAGAUGACUUAUUUUUGUAUUUGAUUUCAAAAAUGAACCCUUUACAUGCGCAGAGACCAAAUUAUCAGCCCGUGUGCCUUGAAGUAUCAUGCUGACCAACCUGUGUGAAGGUAGCCUUAACAAACUGGAUCUUAAUUAAAACUGCAGGCAAAGUCCAGUUUCGUCAUACCUGACUCUGAUUUUGUUUCUGUACUGUGUACAUAUUGACUUUGUUUUUUUUGUCUGCCUCUCUCUAUUCUACUAUUUUUGAUUCCAAAAAAAAUCCUUAAUAAAGGUAAAUUAUAUACAUUUGAA